UAUUAUUAACAUCACUAUUCGCCGCCGCCGCAGCCAUUGCUUUGGCUGUGGAAAAAUACGCAAAAAUACGCAUGAACUGUUCAUAACGCUCGCUUUAAAAGCAAAUAACUCAUUUGAGACCGAACGCUUGUGCAUGUACUGUUGGUGACGUGAUUUGGAGUGUUUUUCAAGCCCUUUUCGCGUGCGCGUCGUGAUCGACAGCGACGCCAUCGCCGGGACCGCGUGCGCCGCCUGAUGAAGCAUCGUACAGCGCAGCGGGGGACCGCGGAUGAAAGUAAAUAAAGGAAAUGUAAAUCUAAAGAUGGUGAGGAGUGAACGAAUGGACGCUGCUUCGUGACCGUGUGCUGUGGAAAAUGUAAAAUGGCGUGCGAAAACGUUGGGCCAGCGCGUUUGGUGUCCCUGUGGGCAUUGCUUCUCGGCUGCUUCGAUAUCGCAGGUCUGCAACCGGGCCUGUCGAGUGUCUCGGGCGAGUCUCUAGACAUGGUGAAGGUGUCAGCGGUGUCGGGGGGAGACGCGACGCUCCCCUGCGACACCCGUUCGCCGCAGCCUACUGACGUGCUCCUCCUCGUAGUGUGGUAUAAAGACGACGUUCCUAUAUACAGCUACGACGGUCGCGUCAAAGGCCCUGCAGCGCACUGGGCUGAUGACGUCUUCGCCAGCCGAGCUCGGUGGCAUUCCACACAGCCUUCCUCGCUGCGCAUACGCGACGUGCUGGCUACAGACAGAGCCCUGUACCGCUGCAGGGUCGACUUCAAGAUAUCCCCCACUAGGAACCACAAGAUUCUCCUGGAUGUUAUUGAAUUACCAGAGAAGCCUAAAAUAUUCGAUGAACAAGACAAAGAGGUGACCGGCGUGGCUGGUCCAUACGUAGAGGACACCAGUUUGAAACUUACCUGUGUUGUAAGUGGAGGAAAGCCAAUGCCGCGUCUUCGUUGGUGGAGAGACGAUAAAGUCAUAGCGACACUCGCUCCAGUCGACGACGGUUCUCGCCUUAGCUUGUUGGAACUGCGGAUACCGAAGCUAACCCGAGAUUACUUCGAAGCAGUAUACACAUGUACCGCCGAUAACACACUCCUAGUACCUCCUCUGAGGGUCAACGUGCAGAUUCAGCUGUACCUACGGCCAUUACUAGUGGAGAUUCUAGCGAGAGAGCAGCCCCUCUCAGUGGGUCAGGAAGCUGAGUUGGCUUGCAGGGCUGUUGGUGCGAGACCACCAGCAGUUAUAACCUGGUGGAUGGAUGAUAGACAGAUGCCAACGAUCGCUGUACAAAAGAACUCGGAAGACCGCAAUGAAACCGUUUCAAUAUUACGAUGGAUACCUCGUAUGGAGAACGACGGUCACACGAUUACGUGCCGUGCGUCGCAUGUUAAACUUGAACACACUACGUUGGAAACAAGCUUAUCUCUCAGCUUGAAUUUCGUACCAAUUGUGACGCUAGAGCUCGGUUCCAAGCUUAACCCUAACGAUAUAGAAGAAGGCGACGAUGUGUACUUCGAGUGUGUUGUGCGCGCCAAUCCACCCGCUUACAAAGUCGUAUGGGAGCACGACGGUCAAAUAAUGACACACAAUCAAAGAGCAGGUGUAAUAGCCGGGUCAGCUCAUCUCGCUUUACAAGGUGUGUCCAGAGAUCAAGCUGGAAAGUACGCCUGCACAGCAUCCAACGUGGAAGGCGAUGGAAGAUCACAACCUGUUCAUCUUCAAGUUAUAUAUAAACCAGUGUGUAAGACAUCAACAAUCACAAUUGUUGGGGCGGCAUUUAACGAACCAGCGACAGUGAAGUGUGAAGUGGACGCGUUCCCACCGCCGAAGAACUUUCAAUGGACGUUGAACAACUCCUUGGGGUCGAUAGAGCUGGAGCCGAGCAAAUACGUCAUAGAGUCACCAGGAAGAUCAGUUCUAAACUACACGCCCACAACAGAAGGCGACUAUGGUUCCUUAGCAUGCAGGGCUACUAAUCUAGUUGGACAGCAAGUCGAGGCCUGUAGGUAUACGUUACUGCCUGCAGUAAAGCCUGAUCAGCCGUUCAACUGUUCUUCAUUAAAUCUAACUGAUAAUUCUGCGGAACUACGCUGCGUUCCUGGUUACGACGGUGGUUUGCAAACAACGUACGUGGUCGAAGCAUGGGAAACAGGGAAUUUAGUAGCAAACGUCAGUUCCUUGCAGCCUGUUUGGAAAUUGCAAGAUCUAGGCUCCGGGAAGGCUUUGAAGCUGUUGUUCUACGCGUAUAAUGCUAGAGGGCGUUCUGAAACAAACGUAUUGAGGAUUCAUACAUUGUCACAUCUGGCGUUGCAUACGGAAGCAAAGUCAGCGAAUGGGCACGUGGACACCAGUUGGGCCUUGGGAAUCAUCGCAGGAAUCGCAGCAACAUUGAUUUCAAUUGUCAUAAUUGCUUUGUUGGCUAGAAGAAGACAUCAUCGGCCUAUGCAGUAUGAAGCCCCGAUGCAGACAGUGAAGACUUACAAAGGCGCGAUGCACUCGAACCAUUCACCGCUCCAGCCAGAUGAUAAGAAUCCUGACGUCGUGCCACUCGGGAAAGAUUUCAACUGCACACGUGACAUAGAGCGUCCGCCAGAGCCGCCUCCGUACGGAGCGGUGGUGUCACCCCCCGUAGGCGCCUCGAGGAGUGCCCACAGUCUUCAGCAACACGAAGUGAGGUCCAACACCCCUCACACACCCAACACGCCGGCUUCUGAUGCUCAGAGCAUCGGGACCUUAGCGGAGGACAGGCGAAGCGUGACCAGCGGGACUCUCUCCCGGCGGAGGGAGGUCGUCACAACGCGGACUCCUUUGUUAGCGAACGCGCGCGAGAGCUGUGUCUAGUCUCAUUUAUUUUAUAAUCUUUGUACAUUAACCGCUGCGGUGAGGGAAACGCGUCUCACGUGUUUAGUUCCGCGUUCGUUUUUCGUUUUUAUGUGGGAAUUUUAAUGAGAUGCAUUACGAAGAAUUGUAAAAAUAUCUCGAAAACUCAAAUUUGAUGUUCGAUAAAAUUUACUGAUUUUAUUUGAGUUACUUUACCUUUCUUAGUAAUAAUGGAAUAUAUUACGAAAUGUCGUUGUAUCACAAAAUUAAUCAUUGGAUAUUUCUUUAUUGUGAUCAUAGAUAUAACAAUCUACUUUCAAAAAAGGUAUCUUACAAAAUCCACAAUUAUAGCACAUAUAUUUGCUAAUGUUUAAUCUAUGAUUAGUUAUUAAUCAUAGCAUAUACGUAAAAAAAUAUAUAUAUUGUAUUGUUUUAAUAAACAGCCUUUUCGUCAUAACAAUAAGGGCUAAAACACUUAGACGUUUCCCUUACCGUACAUAUUAAAAUAACUUAUGUAUAGUAUGUAAAGCUAACUUUCAGAGACAUUACGGAAUGACGUCACAAUGUCUUCCAGUGGCGAAGGGCGAGUAUUCCGACACAACAAAUAAGUACUAAUACGCAUAAAUGUGGUCUGCAAAUCGUUCUAAUAAUUAGAUUAUACAUAAAUUAUCAAAGGGAAGCCGAAGGAAUCGGGUUAUAUCGACCCUUCGUCACUGAUAUCUUCUAUAGUUGCACAUUUGUUGAAAAAAAAAAACUGUCUUGUUUUUUUUAUAUAUUGAUGGAAAUAAGCGUAUUUAAUUCCAGACCCAUUUUCAGCCAGUGUGUUGUCAAAUUGUGUAUGAUGUGUGCAUAUACUAUAUACCUACAGUAUGAAACAUAAAAAAGUAAGAAGGCGAGUAAAUAAAGAUACAGGACAACGUGAAAUAGAUGUUUUUAGUAUUCUAAAGAAAUGGAAUUUCAUUUUUUUUUUUAAUGAAAUAUUGUAUUGUUUCCAAUGAUUCAAUAUAUUCGAUAUGAAAAUUCGAAUCUUGUGAGUGAGGUUUUCGUAUAUUUACAAAAUUAAAUGUCUUUGUGUUGAAAAAUACGGUAAGUCCAAUAAAUAUUAUGAAGGUAAGUGAAAAAGAACUUAAAACACCUUUUUUUGGUUUACAUUUUACUCAGGAAUGGACGGGUUUUGAUAAAAUAAAAAAUGGGAUGUUUAAUAAUUGAAAUCUGUGUUCUGUAAUAUUAUUUGUGUAUAGAUAAAUUUAUUGUAAUGUUUUGUAAAUGAUUUUGUGAAAAUGAUCUUUCUAACGAUAGGUUUGGAACCAAAAUAUACGUGCACUUUUUAAGUGAAGUAAAAAAAUAAUAUAUACUUGUUGGAAAUAAAAUUGCAUGGAACGUCGAGUUUCAAAAAAAAUCUAUUCAAUACAGUAAAAUAAUUAAAAAAAAAUACCGAAAUUUACACGUAGAUAACAAAAAAUAAUAGACAAUAAAAAUAAAAUAAAAAGACAUACAUUUAAUUUUUCGAUACGCUUUAUUGUUUUUCAAAAUUUUAAUAAAGUUAUAUAAUAAUGAAUGGAAUAUUCGUUUUGAUGCAUACCUAUUAUUAUCAAAUUAUAAAAAAAUAUGGCUCUGUUUAUUAUACUUUAAGUUAAAAUUAUUUUAGGCAAAUUACUUGUGUAUGGGUGUUUAAGAGAAAUACAUAGCAAAAGUAAUACAAUCAAGAAGUCGGUGAAGACGUCUCAGACUUUCAACUAUAAUUAUUGAAAAAUACAAAAAAUAUAUUUGAAGAAAAAUUAUCUCGCAUUUUUCUUCUACGAAUUUACAUCAGUCAUGAAUGUGGAUGUAAUCUAAAAAAGGAAAAUAGUAAUUCAAUUAAAUAAGUAUAAAAAAAAUUAUGAUUCUGACUUUAGAAUAAAAAAAGGUUUAACCGUUUCAUUACAAACCGACUUCGACAACAAUGAAUUAGAUUAACUUCGUGUAAAGCGUUAUGUUUAGUUAAAGAAAGAAUCACUGUGAUGCUAUAAGGUUUAUGAAUUCGUACUUUUAGAGUGUAAGAUGUAAAUAUGACACUGAAAAUGUAUGAAGUUUCUUUUGUACAAUAAUAAUGUAUUAUAAAUAAAUAUUUCUUCGGUUAAAUAUUGUAUAAAACGUUGCUGUUUCUAAAAAAGCAAUAUGUAGAUUCCAUUAAGCAUAAAAUAUGUAAAUUAAUUUCUUUGCGUAAUGUCAAUGUUAUGGGCAAUGGCGUCAAUUUUAAAACUUAUGUAGCAAAAUUUUUGUUAUCUUCCUAUUAUUUAAUUUCGGUACUUGUACUUAUGACUCAUUAUUUUUUUAAGAUAAUAAAUAGUAUAAUUUUGGAGUUACUCUAAAUCUAAUUAAGUUAGCUUUCAAACGACUGAUGAUUUUCGUUCUAGGUGUUAUUGUAAAAUACCUUUAAUAUAUAAUAUUGAAAUUAGAUAUUUAAUUAUAAACGUUUGUUAAUUUUCAUAUACGAUCAACGAAAUGAAAUUUAUUUUUUAUUUAUUAAAUCGUGAAUUAUAUUUUACAUGUUCGUUUAUACAUUUCAUAGAAUAAUUGUGUUGUAUAUGAUAGAGGCAAUAAAUAUUAUUAUUAUUAUCUUUCUCUGUAAAUACGAAUAUCGUUGAGUUUAUUUGUUAGUUUGGUGAUUUUCGAAGACUUCUUGACAUAUCGUAAUAAUUAAGGAGAUAUGUGUAAAAUUUCUUGACAAAUAAAUUUGCGUGAAGCAAUGAAA